CCCGAGGACAGGAGGGGGGUGAUUAGCAUCUCACAGGUGACCUGUACUGUAAGUCGUCAACCUGCCGCCGCCUAUGGACUCUGAAAGCUCUUUUCUUUAUUCUCCAUUUGUUUUUUUGGGAGUUCUUCAAGCUUUUAAUGAACCCCGAUGGCUUUUUCCCUGACCUCUCCUCAAUGUGACACAUCGGGGUCCUGUUGGUGAAAUCAUGCGUCAAAUCCUGCAUGCAUUGGCGUUGUUAUGCUGCCUUCAUACGGCUCAUCCUUUCUGUCCAGCCCAGUGCACUUGUGUCUUCCACGGACGUACCGAUGGAGCAGGGAGCAGGUCCGUGCUGUGCAAUGACGCCGACAUGUCCGACAUCCCCGUCAAUGUCCCGGUGGACACAGUCAAGCUUCGGAUCGAGAAAACUGGCAUCCGCCGGGUGCCGACAGAGGCGUUUUAUUACCUGGUGGAGCUUCGCUACCUGUGGAUUACUUACAAUUCCAUCACCUCGGUGGAUACUGGAAGUUUCUACAACCUCAAAGUGCUCCACGAGCUGAGGCUGGAUGGCAACAUGAUCUCCGUGUUCCCAUGGGAGUCUCUCAAAGAGAUGGCCAUGCUGAGGACCCUGGACCUACACAACAACAGACUCACCAGCAUUCCCAGUGAGGCCAUCCCCUACCUUGUGAAGAUCACGUACUUGGAUCUAUCCAGCAACAAGCUAGCCACCCUGCCCUCAAACCUUAUGGACAUUUGGCCGCCAUUCAAUGGAGAACCAGUCACGUCCAAUGCAUCCCAAAAGGUGGUUUUAGGCCUCCAAGACAACCCCUGGUUCUGUGACUGUAAGAUCUCCAAGUUGAUCGAGAUAUCCAAAAUGGCAGUGACGCCCGUGGUUCUCAUGGACCUGUUCCUGACCUGCAGUGGACCAGAGAAUCUGGCUGGUGUUCUCUUCCAGGGUGCCGAACUUGACAAUUGUGUAAAGCCGUCAGUCAUGACUUCAGCUACGAAGAUUACAUCUUCGCUUGGUAGUAAUAUUCUCCUGCGAUGUGACGCAACUGGCUACCCAACCCCAACCCUCUACUGGACGAGGUCCGAUGGAUCACUUGUCGACAAUACAGGUAUCAAGCUUCUGGUUUUAGAGAAUCUUCAAAUAAUGCUGUUUUUGUGGUUUGUUAACAAAUACACAUCAAAGGAUUUGUGCUGCAUUAUAUUUAUAGGUGUUUUCUUCUUUCACUCUACAGUACAGGAGUCCCCAGGGGAUGGCGUUAAGUGGUCCAUCAUGAGCAUGCAUGGGAUAUUGCACAAGGACGCUGGGAACUACAGCUGCAAGGCUAAGAAUGAUGCGGGCUCAGCAGAAGCUACUAUCUCCCUUUCAGUGGCCGGCAGCACGAGUACCACCAUCUCUCCAUUGAAAACCAACACUGGGACAAACCUGACUGGCCAAGACUUGGCAUAUGUAACAGACACAGCCAUCUCAACCUCUCCCACAUCCAUGGUCCUUUCCAGGCGGCAGACAACAAUGGCUGCUCUCCCUGCAAAGCCAAAAACUACUCUCAGUAACGGUGUCCAAAAAGGUUCACUCAAACCUGCAAAGAUUAGGCAAGGAAGUGGGGGACAAAAGUUCCCAUCAGAUGAGGAGAACAAGAAAAGAUAUGCAUCAAAGUCUGUCAAAGAUCUGGAGAUUGUGGAGGAGACGUCUGACAGUGCAGUUCUGCUGUGGACAGCGGAGGGCUUACCAAAGGACUCUCCCCUCACAGUCGUAUAUUCACCUUACGGGGAAGAUGGUGAGGACGACUUCAAAAGAACAGUAGAGACGAAUGCGGGCAGUGGAAAAAUCCUGCUAGAGGAACUUUUGCCUGGCAUAAGAUACUCCGUCUGCCUUGUAGCAAAGGGCAGUGCUAUAGGAAAGGAUCCUUGCAUUGACUUCUACACACUUCUGGAGGGUGGACAGAAUCAAUUUUUUAUCAUCAUAAGUGGCAUUGCAUGUGUAUUGGUGUUGCCUCUGAUCGGCCUGUUGCUCUACAAGAUCCUCGCCCUCUACUGCAAAGGAAGUGAAGCAGCUCAGGACGAGGAGGAGCUUGAAAAAGAGAGCUACGUCAAGUUUGAGACCAUCACAAUGAAGCAAAGGACUAUGAAUUCCCAUCCAACCGAGCUUUGGGCAAGAAGGCCGACUCAUGACUCAGAGAGAAUGCUCUUGUGCUCCAGGUCUAGCAUAGACUCCCAGAUGACCUACAAGAGUGACAGCUCCAGAUCGGAGUAUCUCUGCUGAUGGCAGAAUGACAUGCUCCAAAGACUUUAUUAAGCUAUGACAGUUUGCCUUUGAUUAACCAUGAAAAUGUUUAUAUUUUUAUCUGCAGGAAAAUAUUCCCCAUCUAAUGUCAUGUAAAUUCAUUAACAGGUUAAAUACAUCUAAUCUGGACAUUCCUAUGAAUGACUGAUAUUCAUUCAUGUCCUUAUCAGUUUUGUAGCCUUAUAUUGAUUGGAGCAUUCUGUGUAACAAUUUGCCAGAACCUUUGUUGGACUUUUGUAAACUAAGCAGAUAACCUGCCAGUUGUGUUUUUGAUAUAAAAUUGUAUGCCAAAAUUCAAGUCUUAGCAACAAAGAAUUAAUUUUUAUCCACUCCCCAUCACAAAGACAUCACCCACAAUUUUGCUGAUCCAGAAAUGCCUUACCCGAUAAGUCAAUGGGAAUCUGAAUGUUUGCCAGUGUGUAUGUUUAUAUGUAUGUUCUCACGUUUAUAUGUAUGGAAAAUGGUGCGUA